CUUUUCUCACUCGUUUGAUAUUAACAUUUGAUUCCCUGAAAAAUCCGGGAAAUCGAGAUGGGUUCUACUCCGUUUUGCUAUUCCCUGAAUCCAUCUCCAUCAAAAAUCGAGUUCUCUAGGACCCAUGUGCUGAGUCCCGCCGAUAAGUACUUCUUCUUGGACUUCCCGUCUUUUCCGGGAAAGGCGAGAGGGAGAUCAAAGGCGAGGAGUCGCCGGAGAGUGGCGGGAGUCAAGGCGACGGCGGCGGUGGAGAAGGUUCGGCGGGAGACUGCGGCGGAGAGGAAGAAGAAACUGAGGGUUCUGGUCGCCGGCGGCGGAAUCGGAGGGUUGGUGUUUGCGCUGGCGGCGAAGAAGAAAGGGUUUGACGUGGUGGUGUUCGAGAAGGAUUUGAGCGCCAUUAGAGGAGAAGGACAAUACAGAGGUCCGAUUCAGAUACAGAGCAAUGCCUUAGCUGCUCUGGAAGCCAUUGAUAUGGGUGUCGCCGAAGAAGUUAUGGAGGCUGGUUGUAUUACUGGUGAUCGGAUCAACGGUCUUGUCGACGGCGUUUCCGGUUCCUGGUAUAUCAAGUUUGAUACAUUCACUCCUGCAGCGGAAAGGGGGCUCCCCGUCACACGAGUUAUUAGCCGAAUGACUCUACAACAGAUCCUAGCUCGUGCAGUCGGAGAAGACGUUAUUAAAAACGAGAGUAAUGUUGUUCGUUUCUUGGAUUCCGAGGACAAGGUCACCGUGGAGCUUGAGAAUGGAGAGCGCUACCGAGGUGAUCUUCUUGUUGGCGCAGAUGGCAUAUGGUCAAAAGUGAGGAGUCAAUUAUUUGGUCCAGAGGAGGCUACGUAUUCAGGUUACACUUGCUAUACCGGCAUUGCUGAUUUUAUACCAGCUGACAUCGAGUCCGUCGGGUAUCGGGUUUUCUUGGGACACAAGCAAUAUUUUGUUUCUUCAGAUGUCGGCGGGGGAAAAAUGCAAUGGUAUGCGUUUCAUAAGGAGUCGGCUGGUGGCAGUGAUCCUCCCAGUGGUAGAAAGAAAAGACUGCUCGAAAUAUUUGAAGGAUGGUGCGACAACGUGAUAGACUUGUUGCAUGCCACAAAGGAGGACGAGAUUCUUAGACGGGAUAUCUAUGAUAGAACUCCUCGCUUUACAUGGGGAAAAGGGCGUGUUUCGUUACUCGGUGACUCCAUCCAUGCAAUGCAGCCAAACAUGGGUCAAGGUGGAUGCAUGGCCAUUGAGGAUAGUUAUCAAUUAGCUUGGGAGCUCGAACAUGCGUGGAGGCAUAGUGUGGAAACCAAUAGACCUAUAGAUGUUGUCUCCUCUUUAAGAAGUUAUGAGCAAGCAAGGAAACUUAGGGUUGCCAUUAUCCACGGGAUGGCGAGAAUGGCUGCAAUGAUGGCUUCCGCCUACAAAGGAUACUUGGGUGUGGGUCUCGGCCCGUUGUCUUUCUUGACGAAGUUAAGAAUACCGCACCCGGGAACAGUUUGUGGGAGAUUCUUCAUUGAUUUGGCAAUUCCUUUGAUGCUCAACUGGGUCCUCGGAGGUAACAGUUCCAAACUCGAAGGAAGGCUACCUCGUUGCAGAUUGUCAGACAAAGCCAAUGACCAGUUGCAGAGAUGGUUUCAGGACAACGAUGCCCUUGAGCGUGCCAUAAUUGGGGAUUGGCAUCUGAUUCCUUGCGGAAAUGAUUGUAUCGUCAGGGAAACCAUAUGUUUAAACAGAGACGAGGACCGACCUUGCAUCAUCGGGAGCGAACCAGACAAGGAUUUCCCAGGAAUGUGCAUUGCCAUUCCAACUUCCCAGGUUUCAAAGGCACAUGCCCGUAUUACUUACAAGGAUGGAGCUUUCUUCGUGACGGAUCUUCGGAGCGAAUAUGGCACAUUUAUCACCCAUAACGUGGGAAGGAGAUGUCGGGUGACACCAAAUUUCCCGGCGCGGUUUCGUCCAUCCGACACAAUCGAGUUCGGUUCGGAUAAGAAGGCUGCGUUUCGGGUUAAGGUGAUCCGGAAAACACCAAAGGUGACGCGUAGAGACACGGAGAGUAGCAGCAAAUUACUUCAGGCGGCGUAAAAUUGAAAUUCUUGGGGGUUUCUGAUUUUGUAUAUUGUGUACAGUGAUUAUCUUCAUAUGUAUAUAUAUAUAUGUUUAUGUAUAUAGAAUUGUAAGCUCCAUAACUACUGUUGGGCCUAAAAGCCCAUUUGGUGGAAAAGUUAAACCCUCCACGUGAGGGAGAGGCUUUCCGAAACGUGGCGUUUUGCGUUUUAGGGUUAAUACCCUAA